AUGCAGUUCGGAUUUAUGCAGCGCGCCCUGGUGGUGUCCGCCCUGGCGGCCACGGCCUGUGGCAUCGUGGGCACUUUCGUCGUUCUCCGCGGCAUGGCUUUUCUGGGCGAUGCCAUCGCCCACUCGGCGCUGACCGGCAUGGCUGCCGCCUUCCUUUUCGGCGCCAACGUGUUUCUCGGGGCGCUCUGUUGGGCGGUGCCCGCCUCGCUGGUGAUCUCCGCGCUGUCGCGCCGAUCUGGCAUCCGGAUCGACGCGAUCAUCGGUGUGGUGUUCGCCGGCGGUUUUGCCGUCGGGGUAAUCAUCAUCAACUCCCUGGCUAGUUACGCUGGGGACCUGUUGGGAAUCCUGUUCGGCAACGUCCUGGGGGCUUCGUGGCUCGACGUUCUGAGCGUAGGGAUUCUGGCGGUCGGUGUCCUGGUGGUGGUAUGGGCAUUCUAUAAAGAGUUGGUGUUCACCACCUACGACGCGACCGUGGCGGAAGCCGCCGGUGUACCCGUGCGAUUCCUGGAAUAUAUGUUGCCGCUCCUCGUGGCGCUGACCACGGUGGCUGCCAUCAAAACGGUCGGAAACGUCAUGGUCAUGUCCCUUCUGGUCGUGCCGUCGGUCACGGGUACCCUGCUCGCGCAACGCCUGUCGUCCAUCAUGGCAGCCAGCGUUGUAUGCGCCCUGCUCGCAGUCGUAAUCGGUCUGUACUGUUCCUACUACUUUGACCUCCCAACGGGGCCCACCAUAGUGGUGGCAUCCGUUGGAUUGCUCCUGUUGGUAGCUGUCCUUUCUCCGCGUCGGGGCUUCCUAAUGUCCUGGCUGCGUCCCAAGUCUUCUGAGGCAAGCGCAUCAGACUCUUGA